UCAAAAGAAAAAACAUACAUCAAUCCGGCCGUCUCAUACUGAUACAGUGAUACCUAUUCAUUUCGAAGCAAUCACAAAAUAAAUCUGUAAACCUAAUCAACUCACGAAAUCCCAUCACGGUUUGAUUGUAAUCGAGAUCACUUCUCGCUGCAACACAUACAUCAUAUUAGCUUCAUUGUUUCAAAACUAAAGAUGGAGAUUGGUUUGGAGCCAAAGGAUGCAGUUGAUUGGUCUUAUAGAGGCGAAGGAGCUGUUAAUUUGGUUCUCGCUUACACUGGAUCCUCUCCCUCUUUUCUGGGAAAGAUGAUGAGAAUACAGAAAAUGCCAAAUGAUGGGAAAGAAGAUAAUGGAAACACAAGUGGAAAUGGUCUCACGUCUCAUGAAAAGGUUAUAUGGGGAGAGUGCAAGGAAGUUGUUUCUUGCCAGAACAAGGAGAUUGUGGAGUUUUUGUUUGUCAAACAUGUCAUGAGACCUUUGUUGGGUCAUAAACAUGUCAAUCCUGGAAUGCGUCUUCUUGUAGCAAAGGAGUUUCUUGAGUCUGUUGAGAACAUUGUGACAUCUCAGCGACCUUCUUGGCGUGCUGAUGCAGCCUGUGUGGAUACUAACCGCAAUUCCGUUCUUCUGAUGGAUGAUUUGACACUUUUCGCCCACGGUCGUGUUGAGGAUAAACCAUGCUUAAGUGUUGAAAUAAAGCCAAAAUGUGGAUUCCUUCCUUCUUCAAGUUUCAUAGCACAAGAAAAUGUUAUCAAGAAGGGUAAAACUCGUUUUGAGAUGCACCAAGUUCUGAAGCUUCAAGAAAAUGAGAUCUCAGAGAUCAGUGAAUAUGAUCCUUUGGACCUAUUCUCUGGAUCAAAAGAUAGAAUACACAAAGCAAUAAGAGCACUAUACGCAACUCCUCAGAACAACUUCCGCGUGUUCUUGAACGGCUCUCUCGUAUUUGGAGGCUUAGGUGGUGGCACAUGCAAGACAACCUCAAAGGUUGAACAAGACUUUGAGCAUAUACUCAAAGAUAUCAUCAAGACCAAAGAUGGUCCACGUGCAAAUCAUUUCAUAGAGCUUGUUGCAGAAACCGUUUACACCUCUGGGGUUCUAGAUCAUCUUCUGGAUGUUCAAAAGCUAGACAAGUAUAACAUCGAAGGAGCGAUUCACGUGUACUAUGACCUUAUUAACCAGCCAUGCAAAGUGUGCAAAGAGUUGGAGAAGAGUACAAAGUCAUCAGCAAGUCAAUUUAGCUCCAUGCAUUUGAUUCCGAUGGCUGAGAAAGUGAAUGUUUUGAAGGAGUUCUUGAUAUCUGCCACUGCAAAAGAUUGCAGUGUAAUGAUAAGCUUUAGAUCAACAAAUGAUGUGAUCUCAAGGUCCUCUUCUCAUAGUAAUCUGCAUCUUGAAUCAGCAAAGCAAGAAUUCGAUUACAAGGUACAUUUCAUUGAUCUUGAUAUGAGACCACUGAAGAAAAUGGAAGUCUAUUAUGAACUAGACAAGAAGAUCAUGAAGACAUACUUGGAGAUGAUGAAAAAGAAAGAAGCAUUAUUGGGAGGAGAGAGGAGAGCUCAGCGUCAGUGCUUCUAAAAACUAUAAAUAAAAGUUGAUGAGAUGAAAACC